UGCUUUCACUUUGUCAAAAAUAUCAAUCAAUAUAGUAACUGAUAUUUUAUUUUUACGUUGAGGCUUUGUUUGGUGAGAUUAAAAAAACACAAAGCCAUGAUAGGAGAAGCCACAAGCUCUGGCGGUGGAGGCAAGGAUGAUUCUCCUGCUGCUGUUUCUGCCAAAAAGAACAAGAAACCCAAUUAUUCUAGAUUCACACAGCAAGAGCUCCCUGCUUGUAAACCUAUUUUAACGCCGGGAUGGGUCAUUACAUCAUUCAUUGUUGUUGGAGUUGUGUUUAUCCCUAUAGGCCUUGCUUCCUUGUAUGCAUCAGAACAUGUGGUGGAAAUUGUGGAGCGAUAUGACAAAGAUUGUAUCCCCCCUGAUUAUAGAAAUAACAGUCUACAUUAUAUCCAAACCAGCAAAACCAACAAGACUUGUACAAUGACCAUUAAUGUUCCAAAGCACAUGAAAAGUCCUGUUUUCAUCUAUUACGAGCUUGAUAACUUUUACCAGAACCACCGUCGAUAUGUAAAAAGUCGAAGUGAUAAACAGUUACGAAGCAAGGCCAGUGAAGGUGUCACAGAAACCUGCAAACCGGAAGCUGUCACAUCAAAUGGGCAACCAAUUGUUCCUUGUGGCCUUGUUGCAUGGAGUUUGUUCAAUGAUACAUACAGGUUUUCGGUAAAAAAAGAGGUUUUAGAUGUCAGCAAAAAGAAUAUCGCCUGGAAAAGUGACCAGGAGCAUAAAUUUGGUUCUGAUGUCUAUCCUAAAAAUUUCCAGAGUGGAAGCUUAAUUGGAGGUGGAAAACUCAAUUCAAGUAUACCUUUGAGUGAACAAGUAGAUCUUAUUGUAUGGAUGCGUACUGCAGCACUGCCAAACUUCAGAAAACUUUAUGGAAAGAUAGAGAAGGACCUUCAAGCUAACACUACAAUUACGGUUACCAUUGAGAAUAAUUAUAAUACUUACAGUUUUGGAGGCAAAAAGAAGCUGGUUCUUUCAACCACGAGUUGGAUAGGUGGAAAAAAUAGUUUCCUGGGCAGAGCUUAUAUCGCUAUUGGAGGCUUGUGCUUGUCCUUGGCAGUAUGCUUUGUAUUUGUAUAUGUGUUCAAGCCAAGGCCCCUUGGUGAUCCAUCCUACUUAUCUUGGAACAGGAAUCCAUCAGGACAAAUGAAUUAAAACCUGAAACCAUGCUCUGUCCAUUCACAACUUCAUUGGAACACUUCCUUGCCAUUCUCCUGCACCGGUUUCAUUUUCCUCUCUUCAAAUUAACAGUUCCAUGCAGGAAUCUAGAGCCUCGUUUUCUGAUAAAUGCAACUACACAACGCUGUUAACUUAUUAUAUGUUAGGCUGAUUUUCGUUGUUGCAUUUUGUCCUUUUGCUUGGUUUUUGACAUUGAGAUGAGACACUGGUUUGUUAAAUCCAUUUUAUGUAAUUGAUUUAAGCUCC